UAAAGUCUCGAGGAACCAUUGCCUCCACAUCACUCGAGGAUUCAGAGCCCUUCUGCCUUGUCUCGGCUGUGGGUCUGCCAACAGGACUAGAGGAACCCGUACAUCAUUAGAUUAAGUGGUCCUGAAAACUUUGUCACAAGCAGGUUAAGUGAUUCAACAACCCUGACUCCCAGCAGGUGAAGUGAUUCGGAACACUUGGCCACUAGCAAGUGAAGUGAUUCAAAGGACCGAAUAAAAAGUGGCUCGGUGUUGUAUUCUGCGGGCCUUGGUUGUGUCCACCGAGUAAGAGGAAGACACCGCAUGUUGGGAGAACACUGAACAGUACCUCGUGUGUGUUGGAGGAGCAGAAGUACAACGCCCCAGCAGGAUGGUGGCGGGAGGACUGGUGGCCGCCAUGCGGUCCAUCACCGUAGAACCUAUCAUGCUCCUCGACGGGGCGUGCAAGGAGGCCAUGCUCAUCUUCAUCGAAAACGUCCAGAUGAACAAAAUAUGCUCCGUCAGUUUGGGUCUCUCACCAGAGAUAUGCGCCAACCUGACAAACCACAAAGAGGAGAGUGUGCUCGUCCAGCGAGAGUUCUCCCUCUUCACCUUCUACAACAGCAUCAUCAUGUCGGUGCUGCCUCUCAUCUUCGUGCUCUUCAUGGGCGCCUGGAGUGAUAAAUACGGCCGUAAGUUUCCACUGCUGAUGACGCUGGUGGGUCAUGCGAUGUAUGCCGGGGGUUACCUGUUGGCCAACUGGCAGACCAGCUGGCCCGUGGAGGUGCUCUACCUGGUGACACUAUUGGAGGCGCUGGGAGGAGCCAACGUAGGUAUCCUCUCCUCCACCAUCAGCUAUAUCAGCGACAUCUCCAGCGAGAAGCAACGGACGUCUCGUAUCGGCACCAUUAACUCCAUGUGGUAUUUGGGCGCUCCAAUCGGUACGCUGACUGGCGCUCUUAUCAUCAAGUACAGCGGCUACGACAUGGCUCUGGGCCUCGUGCUACUCGCCUAUGUCGCCUCUAUUGUUUACGUCAUUGUAUUCAUCGAGGAGAGCCACGGGCCCUUCGCCAAGAAGGCGCUGCAGGCGCAGGGCUCACUCAAGGACGUGCCCACCAUGGAUAAGAAGGACGUAAGAGCCAUCACCAUGUUGACCGACUUCUUCAACUGGCGACACGUGGUGGAGUCCUUCAAGACGGCGUUCAAGAAGCGUGAGGGUGACGCCCGGAGUGUCCUCAUGGCUGUCAUCAUCGGCAACAUGAUUCGUCGUAUGGCCAGAGGGUUCUUCAUGUACAUGUUUGUGCGUCGCGCCCUGCACUGGGGGGCCACCGACUACGGCUACUGGAUCUCAUACCGCAACCUGCUGGUUGCCCUCGGCUCGCUGUUCCUGGUGCCGUUCCUGACGCGGCUGCUGUCGUUCACGGAUAUGUCACUGGUGGUAUUGGGGACUUUGUCCAUGAUCUUUGAGUACUUGUGCUACGGACUGGUGAUCGGGCCUUCCCAGACCUUCCUCAUGUGGCUGGGGCCGCCUGCAGGUAUCAUCUCUAAUGUGAUGGCCAUCGCCUUCAGAUCUAUGUCUACCAAACUCGUCACCAAGCAGGAGAAAGACUGA